AUGUAUUUUUAUAAUUCUGUUGCGGUAAAUAACUCAACCCAAAAAAAUAAUUCAAAAUGUGAAAAAAACGUAUUUUUUAUUGAAAGUGAUCCCUCAUCUGAAGAGAUAAACGAUUUUAGUAGUUACUCAAAUAUAAUUGAUACAGAAACAAAAAAAUUGAAAUAUUUAGAACAAAUCAUAUUUUUAAUUGAAUAUGAAGAAAAUAUGUUUUUGUCCACUAAUAGCAAUUCUGAAAUACAUACAAGUUGGUAUAUAAUAUUUCAAAGUAUAAUUGAAGAAUUAAAAUUUAAGGCAUUUAAAAAUGAAAAUAUAAAAAUAUGUAUAAUUUUAUAUAAAAGCUAUAAAGUAGAUGAAAAUUUUGUUUUUUAUAAAUUAUGUUUUCUUUUUGAUCUCCAAUAUUUAAGUGUUAAUUUGAUUAAAUAUUUAAUAGAUAUAUCAAAAUUAAGGAGUAUUAAUAUGUUUGAUAUGGAAGAAAAAAUCAAAAACAGAAAAUUUCAAAGCACAUUAUGUUCAUUCGAAGAUGUAUUAUUAUUAUUAAAUAGAAUAAUUAUUUAUAAUUCAACUAAUAAAAAUGUAAUUUAUGUAAAUAAAAUUAUUUAUUAUACACAAACAGUUAUGCCUCAGCAUUUAAAUAUAAAUAUUUUAAAAAAAAGGCUAGAGUCAAUUGAAAAAGUAGGAGAGUUUUUUUAUAUACGUUUAAAGAAAGAAAAAAAGAAAAACAUAAGAAUUUUAGAGGAAGUUAUUGCAGAAAGCGUGUUUCAAAAUUAUAUAAAGAAAAAAAUUAUAUUAUAUAAAUUAAAAAAUUGCUUAAUGAGAAUUAUGUCCCUUUCUAAAAAUUACACUUCAAAUAUUUUGAAUGUAGUAAAUGGGUUAAACGUUCAUAUAAAUAUUUAUCUUUUAUCUAGUAAAGAAGAAUACAUUAAAAAUAUAGUAACUCUUCAUAAGGAAAACUCUAAGUUAACUCCCAAAGCACUUUAUAUUGAUAGUUCCUCUGAAAUUCUAAAAAAGGAAAAUUCAAAAUAUAUUAAUAUAGAGGAUUUUAAAGUAAUUAUAAAGGAUGAUGAAAAAAAAACACUAUCAUAUAAUAACGCAAAUUUUAUUAAAAUAACUCACUUUUUAAAUUCUGAAUUUUUGCAAAUUGAAAAUAAUUUAAGUUCUAAUUAUUUUAUUUUUCCUCAAAGCAACUAUUAUCAAAAUAAAUAUAAAUUAAAAAAGAAUAAGGAUUUAACAGAAGAAGAUUAUUUUAAACAAAAAGAUAAAAGAAAUGUAAAAAUAUUUAAUUCCUUGUUAUCUUCACUCAUAAAAAAGAAAAAGAUUGCAAUGGGAGUUUUUUUUCGUCAUUCCACUCCAGUAAUAAUUCUUUUAAUACCUUACAUUCCACCUCCUGUAAAUAAAAAAAAGAAAACUCCUGCUGGUUUUUUAUUAAAACAGUAUCCAUUUCUUAAUGAUAUAAAAUAUUUAGACUGUAAUUAUAUGAAACAUAAAAUGAGCUUUAAUUAUCACAUUAAAAAUAAUAUAUCAAACUUUAUGAGAAAAUCUAUUAACUCAAAUAUAUACUUCAAUGAUAGUUCUAAAAAAAGUAGUACAAAAAAUGUUUCUGUUAACCAAAACUUAGUAAAAAGAGACAAAUUAUGUAUUGAUUUAAUAACAAAUAUAUUAAAAUAUAUAGAAUCGGACGAAUUUAAUCCUUACAUGAUUGAAAAUAUCAAUAUGAAUAAAAUUAGAAUGGCUAUUGAAAAUGUAAUUUUUAAUGAAAAAAAAAAAUUACUUAUCUAA